GAUGAGGGACACUUUGUAAAUAAUUUAUGCUUUUGGCUUGGCAUUUAUAUAUGUAUAUAAUGGAGAUAUAUAUGAAGGAGAAGGGAAGGAUUAUAAAAUUGAAGGUUAGGAGAAGGAUUCUGGCCAAAUGAAGGUUAUUAUUUUGGCUGAACUAUUAAUGAAGCAUUGGUUAUGUUUAUAAAUGGUACUGGAUUGAUAAUAAUACAGCUUAAUAAAUUA